AUGGAGGAUCUUCUGUCCUAUGUUUUGGUUUUUCUGUACCUUCAAACAGGAGUGGCAUUGAGCCCGGUGGUGACCUUCACCCCAAACUGGAAGAAGAUCUUCACAGGAGAGUCUAUAACAAUGACGUGUGAUUUUGGGUCUACCAGAGGAGGAGAUCUGACCUACACCUGGAUCAAAGAUGGUAAAAGGGUCCGUACAGGAAAAACCUUCACCAUUCCAUCUGCAAUAACUGCACAUAGCGGGGACUACAGCUGCCGGGCCCGUACAGAAAGAAGUGUCACCGCCAGACUGGAUGUUGUUGGUGGCAUGGUGAUCCUGUGGGCUCCUCUCUAUGUUCAUGAGGGAGAUGAUCUGACUCUGAGGUGUCACCAUCGUUCUGGCUACAUUGCACAAUAUACAACAUUCUACAAGGACGAUUCUGUCAUUCAAAGCUGGAGAGAAACAUCUGAAUUACAUGUAGGAAUUGUAAACAUGACGGACGCCGGGAGAUACAAAUGUACAAAGGAAAUUUCUUUGCCUACGAUUUAUGUAAAAUAUGUAACUUUCCAAGAUGAAGUUGUUAUCAAUGUACAAAAUCUAUUUGAAGUUCCAGAGAUAAUAAUGACCCCAAUUCCAGUGGUAGAAGGAGAUCACAUGACCCUGACAUGUGACACGAGUCUCAGUCCGCUCAGACCAGGGACAGAACUGACAUUUGCUUUCUACAGAGAUGGACGGAAUGUCGGAGAAUUCUCUUCAUCUAACGGAUAUGGAGUUCAGUCCGCUCAGGUGAAGGACUCUGGGAAAUAUUCAUGUGAAGUGACAACCAACAGUGUACAAAAGAGGAGUCAGGAGAUAAAGAUCCAGAUAAAUGAGCUGUUUGUGAAUCCAACAAUCAUCGGAAUCCAAUAUCCGGAGGUAGAAGGAGAUCACAUGACCCUGACAUGUGACACGAGUCUCAGUCCACUCAGACCGGGGACAGAACUCCAAUUUCCUUUCUACAGAGAUGGACGGAAUGUUCAGGAAUUCAAUUCCUCCAAUCAGUAUGGAGUCCAGUCCGCUCAGCUGGAGGAUUCUGGGAAUUAUUCCUGUGAUGUGAGAACAUCAGAUGGCACAGUGGAGAAAAGUAGUCACUUCCUCCCGAUUGUGAUAAAAGAGCUCUUUUCCACCCCGGUGCUGAAUGUAAGGACUACUGAAGUCCUAGAAGGUGACACCAUGACCCUGACAUGUGACACGAGUCUCAGUCCACUCACACCGGGGACAGAACUUCAAUUUGCUUUCUACAAAGAUGGAUGGAAUGUUCAGGAAUUCGGUUCCUCCCAUCAAUAUGGAGUCCAGUCCUCUCAGCUGGAGGAUUCUGGGAAUUAUUCCUGUGACGUGAGAUCUUCAGCCAGGCUUGUGAAGAAGAGCGCGGAGGUCUUUAUUCUGAUACAGUGGAAAUUCUGUGGAUUUGACAAUUUCUAA